AUGGCUAUCACUCAUCCGCAAGGUUUACGCCCACACACCAUGCACGCAGCCGCUAGAGUUACCGCACCUGUGGCACCUAAGCUUGGCCCUGUAUCCUCGAGGAUUUUACCCAGUUUAGUGGUAUUGGGAGCUGCUUACACGGUUGGUACUUACGUGCGUUCACAAUUGAAUCGUGAGGCUGGUACCAUGGACCGUAUAUUUUCGCAACAAAACACUCCCGAAGUUGAACAGGCAAGGAAGAAGGCCCUACAGGUCGAGGCUAAUGGUGACCCACGAAACAACCUUCUCAACUUCUUGGGCUGGUCGUAA